AUGGGUUUGAUGGGUGAGAACCUAACACAGAUUGUGAUACCUGUGGCUGCUUUAGUGGGGAUUGUGUUUGCUUUGUUUCAGUGGUUUUUGGUGUCAAAGGUGAGGGUAAUUGGGUCUGGUUUGGAUGGAUAUAAGGACAGGUUGAUCGAAGAAGAUGAACCAGAGGAGGGUAUUGACUCUGAAGAGGCUGUUGCCAUGUGUGCUGAGAUUCAAAAUGCCAUUUCUGUUGGAUAUUAUGGAGUUCCCAGGGAUUUAUCUGAUAAUUUACUUGAAGUACUAUUAAUUAAAUAUGCUGGAUUGUUUAAGAUAGAUAAGUUUUUAGUUCUGCCAACCAAGGGCUUGAAUAAGCUCUGUAAAUGCAGGAAUUUGAAGAACAAUCAAUUGACUGGUCCUAUCCCUUCAACAUUAACACAGAUUCCCAAGCUCAAAACUCUGGACCUUGCUCGUAACCAGCUUAUUGGUGAGAUACCGAGGUUAAUCUAUUGGAAUGAAGUAUUACAAUAUCUAGGGUUACGUGGCAAUUCUUUAACUGGAACCCUGUCCCCAGAUAUGUGCCAACUGACUGGCCUGUGGUAUUUUGAUGUAAGAGGCAAUAACCUAACUGGAACAAUCCCUGAUAACAUUGGCAAUUGUACAAGCUUUGAGAUCUUAGAUAUCUCAUACAAUCAGAUCUCUGGGGAGAUUCCAUACAAUAUUGGCUUUCUACAAGUGGCCACUCUAUCUCUGUAAGGAAAUAGGCUGACAGGGAAAAUUCCAGAGGUGAUAGGUCUAAUGCAAGCCCUUGCUGUUUUGUAAGUGUGCUUAAUAUAGUGGCAUGUCUUUGAGAAUUUUUUUUUAGAAUGUGUCUGAAUAUAGUUGAAGUCAGAUAGUACUUGCUGAGAUUCUUUGAGAUGGAUGGACAAUGUGAAAGCUGUAUAUUAAUUAUAUUUAUAGGGAUAGUGACUAAUGGAACAACAUUAUUUUUUGAAGUCAUUAUUUUUUUUCCACCUCCUCAAUUGCUUGUU